UGAUUUUAGAAAAAUACCACGCAUGUUGAAGUGAGAAGCAUAAAGUUGAAAAAGACAAGAUGAAGCCGACAAUAUGGGUAUUGAUUGAUAUUGCAAGGUGUUCGGUGACUAUUUUUAACUCAGCGAUUGCCAUUUUGUUCAUUUGUGGCUUACUGCAUGAGAGGGUAUUUCCAGAAGUUUUUGACUACAUGGCCCCAAACUCAUUUGUAACUUGGUCGGAUCAUUCCUGGUUGAUACAUAGCAUCAAUUAUGAGUCUUGCAACAACAUUUGGGAUGCAUAUGUCAAAUAUGAGUGCUUGGAAUCUACAUUUAUUAUUGAUGAUUCUGAAAUAUUCUCCGUAGUGUCAGAAUUAACUCCAUUAUCAAGUACCAUCUAUCUUUUAAUUGAGCGAUCGUGUAGGAUAUUAGCUCCAACAAUUAUUCGACUAAGUGCAAUAUUUGUUUUCAUUUCAAUUGUGUGUGUUUUUGGAACCAUUGCAAAGAUCCUUACAGCAUUGCGAUUGAAUUUCCGCAAUACGAAAUCAUUGUGGAUGAAACUAAAAAUUCAUUUGAAAGACGAAAAAAAACUAGGAUCCAAUCAAGAAAGCUCAAGAUUUUCAUUAAACGCAUUUUUUGCAUCGAAAUAUGCUUAUUACAUUGAUGGAAUGUUUUUGGUUUUUGUAUUGACUUCUCUAAUUUCAUUGAAGCUAAACUGGGGCAGAGAAAUCUGUCAAAGUGCUUUUUGUCUUUUCAAACCCAGUGGAUUACGAAACACGAUAUUUAAGUCUUUAGAAAGCAAUGGAGGAAGUUGGACAGAAUCAAUUUUUUUCGAGAACAGUAACAUGUCACAGAACUCAAUACAGUUUAGAGUAAAAUCUUUAGUCAUUGUCAUUGCUUCCUUCAUCAUGACAUCUAGUGUCUAUGUCAUUGCAAGUGAUUUUAUAUUGAUGGUCUUGAACAUUCCUCGUAUUAUAUUUUCUUGUCUCACUAAAACAGGAAACUUCAUCAGUCACUGGCGUCAAAAAAGAGAAGUAGUAAUACCGGAUAAAUGA